UGAUUGCAAUUUUUAAAAAUGACGUUUAUGAUUUGAAGCGUUUUUGCUUAUCUGUCUAAUUGUUAUCUUGAAUUUUUGAAACUCUGUGGUUUAUUUGCACGCAAUUUCCGGUGGGUUCGCAUCAAGAUAUAAAACUGAAACUCAUGUGCGGUAGUUUACAUCUACUUUCUACAAAUUAUAGGACGUGUCAAAAUAUUCAAGAGAUAUAAAAAUGAGUUCAAAUAUUGAGGGAGUUGAAGUAAAAAAAAUUCGGGUGUGUGUUAUUGGUGCUGGCGCAGCUGGACUAUGUGCGGUACGACAUUUAUCAAAUGAUAAGCAAACUUUCGAACCCGCGGUAUUUGAACAGACUGAAGUGGUCGGCGGGACUUGGGUUUAUGUUGACAAAACUCAAAUUGAUUAUGGACAUCCAAUACAUUCUAGUAUGUAUAAAAACCUCAGAACUAAUUUUCCAUUACAACUGAUGAAUUUUCCGGAUUUUUCACAAAUGAAUCAAACUCAGCCCAGUUGUGGAACUCAUGAACAAGUUUUAAAAUAUUUACAAGAUUAUGCUCAUCAUUUUAAUCUUUAUCAAUAUAUUCAGUUUAGUACGAAAGUUAUAAGUGUUGAACCAAUAAUAAAUGACGGAAAUUGGCGCGAAACAAUAUGGAAGAUAAAAAUACAAAAUUUGAAAACUGAUCUUGUUGAAGAGAAAACUUUCGAUGCUGUUUUAGUUUGCAAUGGUCAUUACUCAGAACCAAAAAUUCCAUUGAUUCCGGGUAUAGAGACGUUUUCAGGGGACGUAAUGCAUAGUCAUGAUUAUCGAAACCCCGAAAAAUAUUAUGGAAAGACAGUAAUUAUUCUGGGAGCAGGUCCAUCUGGUAUUGAUAUCGGUAUUGAGAUAACUGGGCAUGCAGCUCAUGUUUAUUUAAGCCACAGUGGUCCUCGGCUCUCCGGUUCGUUACCAGAAAACAUGACUCAAACUGUAAGAGUGGAAUUCAUUAGAGGGAAUGAAUUUCAUUUAACGGAUGGAACGAUCAUUAUUGCAAAUGCUUUGCUAUAUUGUACUGGAUAUAAACUUUCAUUUCCUUUUUUGGACGAAGCUUGUCAAAUUAAGGUGAACAAUGAUCACGUUGAGGCUCUCUUUAAACAUUUGAUCAACGUUAAACAUCCCAAAAUGGCGAUAGUAGGAAUUCCGUUUCGGAUUAUACCGUUUCCGCUGUUUCAUAUCCAGAUUCAAUAUUUUCUACGACUACUAAAAGGCCAAGUGACGUUACCGCCUAUGGAAAUUAUGAUGGAGGAUUCAAAACCGAAAACUAAUAAACAUUUUCAUGCUUUGGGAGAUCUUCAGUGGGAGUAUAAUGAUUAUUUAGCUAACGCUGCAGGAAUUGAUAAACUUCCGGCGUUUUACAAAAAUGGAUAUCGUGAAUGGACUGUUAAAAGAACAGAAAACUUGUUAAAAUAUAAAGAUUCAAGAAUUGAAAUCGUGAACAAUGAAAAGGUUAAUAUUUUCAUUUGAUUUUUUGGAUUUAUAUAUUCUAAUCCUCUGCGUUGGGUGCCAAUAAAAAAUUCAACAGAAUAUAUAUUUUUCUUAAUAAGAAGUUUUUAGUUUAUAGUUAAAAGUCAUUAUAGAAUAGGCUCAAAUAAAGUACUAAUUUUUCAGUAGAAUUUAUAAAUCCUAUUUUGAUAUAUUUAUGUAACUCAUGCCGAAGAAUACGCCGCUAACUGGCUAAAGUCAGUCAUAAAAUUUUAUAUUAAAAUACAAUUCUUUCUGAUUGGUCAAAAGUGUCAUUUAAUAUAUAUUAAGUCACUACUUUUUAUAUUAAAUCAUGAAAUUUAAGUGAAAUGGGCGGAGUAUAUCCCUACUCAAUGAUUCAAGCCACUAACGAAUUUAUUAGCCCCUCUUUUAUGACGUCACUUUGAAUUUAGCUGCCUUAUUAACGUGACCAAAAUCUCUAGACCGCACAUGCGCAUUUGAUUAAUCAGCACACGCAUGUGUAGAUCAAUGCAACGUCAGCUGAAUUUUAUAACCUUACAUAUCUCUAUUAAUUGAUAACGACAUAACACCAAAGUUGACGUCUUUUUUAUUGAGUUAAGUUUUGUCAAGUGAAUAGUAUUAAAUAAAUUAUCCAAUUCCAUAAAGUAUAAAUAUUUUUUAAUAAUAAUAAAGUAAAUUAUUUUUAUAACUCCGACUGCAUGACGCUGUCUUUAGACAUCUAACGGCGUUUUUCUUCGUGCAUUAAUUACAUAAACUAUAGUAUGCAUCUAGUGACAUCGAGUAUUAUACUCUCGUGUGUUGGCAACACUCGAUUCGCUCGUGCCACUAAACCCACACUCG